UACAAGGCCUACCAGAGCAAAUACGGUCCCAACUACAAGAUCGGCACCAACUUCCACGGCAUCGACCUCCACCGCGCCAGAAUCUUGUACGUCAACCGCCUCUCCUUCCGUAUCCACCCUUCGCCUAUCCGUACACCCUUGAAAGCACCAUUCCAUUAUCUCGAACCGAACAUCUUCGAUCUUAUUCCAUACAGUCUGCUAACAUGGCCCCUUAUAGCGGUACCACCGCCGCUGGCUUCGGUGCCGUUGCUGGUAUCUUCGCCCUCUUCUUCUUCGCCGACAUUCCCCGUGUACGAAAGGACAUUAUGCAGAAGGUCCCCUUCAUUGGCGACCACUUCGUCAAGGAGAUCGCCCCCGAGGACAACCCCUUCUAAACGCCCAAUCACUAUGGUGAUGCUUUCUGGAGUUGGCUGCUGUGUACAUUAAAUUCAAUGGGGUUGCAGCAUAAAUUGCAUGUUUUCUAGACCAUCCCAUCUGUCCCGUCCCCUGAAAAGCUACGAUUGAAAACAAAACAACCCUUCCUUUGGAUGCAUUUAUCAUUAAUUCCUUUGCGCCUAUGCGAUGCGCCUAGAAUACAUAGAAUGGCUUGACAUGACGUAGCCUCUAGUUGGCCUCGAGUCUGGACACAACCGAUGCCAUCUCUUCGUCGCCGUAUAUCCUGAAGCCCUUGUCCUUGGUGACGCUGGCCAACUGCACGUUCUUCGAGUCCAGCUUCUCCUCCAUGACCUGCUUCAAUGUCUUGAGCACCAAGACCUCGGCCUCUGCCAGCGUCAAUGACUUGUGGAACUCAUUCUGCAACUCGGCCUGUGC